GGCGAGGGAGCGUGUUCGCUAUGCCAACCUCAUGUACGACAGGAGAGUGGUGCGCGGGAACACUUACGCCCUUCAGGCCAUACCUGCGACUACCCAACCUGAUCCCCUUGAGAUUCAAAAGCAGAGGGAAGCAUGGAAAAAAGCACUAGCCAGAAAGCGUGCAAAAGAGCAAAUACAACUGAGAACACCUGAGCCUGUGGAAGGCAGAGAGCACGUUCAUGUGCAGACAGAACUGUAUUUGGAAGAGAUUAGUGACCGGAUAAUAGAGAUUGAUACAGAGUGUCAAACAGAUGCAUUUUUGGACAGACCACCUACUCCGUUCUUCAUACCGGCCAAAACAGGAAAAGAUGUGGCCACACAAAUAGAAGAAGGAGAGUUGUUUGACUUUGAUGUUGAAGUCAAGCCGAUCCUGGAAGUGUUGAUUGGGAAAACAGUUGAGCAAGCUUUGCUGGAAGUCAUGGAAGAAGAAGAGCUGGCCCAGCUAUGGGCACGUCAGCGUGCCUAUGCAGAGCUGCGUAACGCAGAGCUUGCAGAAGUACAGCGCCUGGAAGAGCAGGACAGGCGAUACAGAGAGGAGAAGCAACGUCGCAAACUCCAGCACAAACAAAUGCUGCAGAAACAGAAAGAGACCACAGAGAAAAUUGCAGCUCGGGCAUUUGCUCAGCGUUACUUAGCCGAUCUCAUUCCCUCUGUCUUCAACAAUCUUCAUGAGAGUGGAUUUUUUUAUGACCCUAUAGAAAGAGAUAUUGAGACAGAAUUCCUUCCGUGGCUGAUGACAGAAGUGGAAGAAACACUAGAGAGGAAGGUUCUGGGGAGGACAAUGCUUGACUCCUUGAUUCGUACAGUGGUUGAAAAACGCUUAGAUGCAUUUAGCUAUAAACCUCCAUCUGAUCAGACAGAAGCACCUGCUGAAGAGCCCAGGCCAACAGGUGCAGCACCCCAGGUGGCUGGUGAGACAGAGGCUGCUGACCAGCCUGUCACAGAGAAAGAAGAAACUGACCGGCCUGUUGCUGAGGAAGAGACUGACCAGCCUGUGGCUGAGGAACAGCCUUCACGUCGCGUCUCUUUCCAGUUAGAAGAAUCUGAUCAAGCGGGAACACAAGAGGAUUUGGAAACUGAGUAA